AAUUUGCUAAUCAAAUCUGUUACUUAAUAUGAUUUAACUGAAUGGGAUUUAAUUGUCAUUCGCAAGUCUUUCCUGGUUAUUCACGUCAAGUCAUCAUGUUUGCAAUCAAAUCAGUUUUAAUUGUUUCUAUUACUUUAACCCUCAUUAAUUGUAUCGAUGGGGAAUAUUUAAUUGCUGGAUCCGAAUUAGAGGAAGCUCAACAAUUAAGUUCAUAUUUGUUGAGUAUCGGUCUUGAUGAAGAUCAAAUUCAACAAAUUGUUGUUCGUAAAUUGUUACAAGCAAAUCAUAAAUCUGAUUCGGGAAAAGAUCUCCCAAUUGGUACUGGAAAUCGCGAUGGAUCCGCUUCUCAAACAGGAACAAUUAAUUUCAAUGUUGGGAGUUUAAUCCAAGCAACAGUUAAUUUAAUGAAAUGCUGUGCUGUAACUCGAUGCUUUUCAGAUACUAGAUUUUGUGAAGCGAUUAAUUAUCGUGAUCAAGUUGAUUUCGAGGAUCAAAAUCAAAUUGAUUCGUUACUCAAUACAAUCGCAUUAAGAAAAACUAUCCUUCAUAAAUGUGAUCAAUAUCUUUCAAGUCUUAAUAAUACUGAACAAUUAGAUUGAUAAUACAGAAGAUAAUAUUUAUAUUGUAACAAUAAACUAUGCAAAUUAAUUGUACAAGUUUACAGAUUUGAAAUUUGGAAAUAAAGAUUAACAGUUGACAAAAA